AAAAAUGGCAGCUUCAGAUCUACUCCCCCGUUUAUUGCUCCUCGCAAUAGUUGCGAUUUCUUCGGCACAAGAUGUAGACGAUGUAAAAGCCAUAGUCACUCAGAAAGUUUACUUUGAUAUAAGUAUAGGAGGUGAACCAGUUGGUCGAAUUGUUUUUGGACUCUUUGGCGAUAUUGCCCCCAAGACUGUAGAAAACUUCCAGGCUAUUGCUGCAGGAACCCAUGGACUGAACUACAAGGGAAGCUACUUCCAUCGCAUCAUAAAAGAGUUUAUGGUACAAGGUGGCGAUGUUGUCAGCUAUGAUGGUGCCGGCUCAAAAAGCAUUUGGAAUAAUGACUUUUUUGACGAUGAGCCAUUUAUUCUAAAGCACUAUGGCCCAGGAUGGUUGAGCAUGGCCAAUGCAGGUGCUGAUACAAAUGGCUGUCAGUUCUUCAUAACCACGAUCGCCACCCACUGGUUGGACGGUUCUCAUGUUGUUUUCGGCAAGGUUCUGGAGGGAAUGGACGUUGUCAAGAAGAUUGAGUGGACGCCAACUGAUGAGAAGGACAAGCCAUUCAAAAAUGUUGUUGUUGACGCAUGUGGUGUGAUUUCUGUUGAUGAACCAUUUGAGGUUGAAAAGAUUGGCGUGACGGUUUAAGUCAGAUCUGAUGCUGGUAUGGCAUAAUCUUGGGUCUUCUGGGAUUUUAAAGCUCUUGCAAAUUUUCACUUGGGAGGUAUCAAGUUUUAUAUAAAGUUAUUUGUGCCAUUUUGUACCUAAAUCCCACUGGUUUUGAAACAUAUUAAGACUUUUUUGUAUAGGGUAAAAAGCUUAAACUUUUGAUAUUGAGAUGCAGUGAUAUGACUGUCAAUGACUAAAUGAUUUCAGGAUAGUUUAUCAAUCAUUCAUGAAUUUUGUUACAACCAAUACUAUUUGGUUUUGUAGUACAUGUAGUAGCUCAUGUGAAAAUGGUAAGCUAGCCCACUUUGUUUUUUGCAAGUAUUAGCAUGUACCUUAUAGCCUCUCCCCACCCCCUUGAGGUAUCGACACCUUUUCAUUUCGAUAUGAAUUGUAUAGGGUUUAGCAUCGACACAUCACUAAACCAAUAAAACAAUUCGUGAAAACACUAACACUUGGAAAGGAAACUACAGCACAAAAAAUACAAUAUUUCGGCAUAGUUUCAUCACUGCAGUAUAGGAAGGUUUUCAAAGAUUCACAAACAGAUAAGUAGUUAAACCCUCCCAUAUCAACACAGCACAGGUGGCAAUGCUCGUCUCCCCUUUCGCUGGCGUGUAGGCCUAUAAGAUACAUGCAUUCAUACUUACAUUAGUCAAGAGGUAAAGGCCCGACCGUUUAUCUUGAUGAAAAUUCGAUUGGCGAAACACAUUUGUUGAAUCCAUAUCACAUUAGUAUGCUGAAGCUGCCAAGCAAAGACGGUGACAGACUAGCGUGUUCUGGCGUAGCGUUCCCAUGGGGACGAUUGAACUACCUCGGUGAAUACAAUCGCAAAACAGUUUCGUGCAAGUCUGUGACGGCCUUAAGAUUUUAUAUUCGUCCUUCAAUUCUAUUAAUUGACAAUAGUUUCAAAGGAUGCAACUGAUUAAAACUGAUGGGAUAACUAGUCUGAUAUAUUAGGUUCAUAAGAUCAAAUGAAUGAGUGUUAAUCUUUUGUUGUCAAUGACAAUGUUUACUUUUGAUACUUGAAGUUGGUGAAACUUGUUCAGUUGUCCGCGGCAUUUAAUCUAAAGAAGAAAUUUAUUGCCAACAACGAGAAUCAAAGAUAUUGGUGCUGACUUUCAUUUGCUAGUGCUGAUAAGUUAUCUGUCGUUAGCUAUCAGGUGCCUACUUGAAACUGGAAUUAUCUGGUGCUGAUUUUGGUGUGUGGAUAACAUUUUGGUGCUUAAAAGAUGUUUCCGAUGAUUUGGCAGAAAAUAAACUACUCCAAAAGCAGGUUUGCUUUGUAAGUCUUAUGAACGGUGGUAACCUGUCUGUAAAGAAAUCUUGUAUCAUCAAGCAAAUUUGUUACCUAACAAUGCUAAUCCCCUUCUGCACACAAAAAGUAUCAUCUCUCCGAUGAUAAAAGAAUUUUUAUAAACAUACCUUCACUUUAUCUGCUUUACUUUUAGAGCUUCCUUGCAAUCCAGAAAAGAAGCUGGAGUUUUGAUUCUGAAUGAUAAUACUCAUAUUGGCCUCUGCACACGGUGCAUGUACAAACUUUGUUUAGAAAUUUAACAUUGUUGUAUUUUUCUAUAUUACUGUUUACGAAAUGCAUUUUAUACUUGUAUUUUGUACAUAAAUUUUUUUGAAUAAAAUUUUAUUGAAGACCGUCUCAUCUAAA